AUGAUUAAAGAAAACUAAAAGGAAGAGACUAUUAAUUUGAUAGAUUGCAAGACAUUAAACUAAUUUGAAAUAAAUGUAGACGAUUACAAUUAAACAUCUGAAGUUUUACAAAGAGAUUCAGAUAUUUACUAUUCAAAGCUCUAAAAUUUGUAGUUCUAAUUAUAAGAUAAGCUGAAUUAAUUUUCAGACUUGGAUCUUUGUAUCCUUUUUGACUGUAAUAGCCCUCUCAAACAAGGCACUUUAAUUGAGAUCUCAAAAAUAUUAGAAUUUCUUCCUCAGUUGAAAUAUCUCUCUCUAAAAUUCAUAUAUUCUAAUAUAGAUGAUACUUCUAUUUAAAUACUAUUUAAAUCUCUUUCUUAGCUUAAAUUCUUGUAUGAUCUUAAUUUAGAAGUAAGAAAAAGCAAAUACUUUGGUCUCAACUCAUUUUUAUGCCUUUCAUAGUCUCUAUCCUAAAUGUAGAAUUUAUAUAAGCUUAAUAUUACAAUAGAAGAACCUAAUUAUGAGCUAAAUAAUGAAAUUACAGCACUAUUAUCAAGCUUGACUGAUUUAAAAAAUUUAAAAGAAUUGUAAUUAUAUCUGAAUGUCUUUAACUUUAGCUCAAUUACUAGUAAACAAAUUGGUACUUUAUUUUCAAGUCUUCAUAAUUUGGAAUCUUUAAUAUUAGUUUUGGACAGUCUGUACGGAGAUUAGAUAGAAAAUACUUUUGCUGAGAGCUUAGCUUAGCUAAAAUCACUUAAAAAGCUACAAUUUAAAAUUCUCAGGACUUUUUUUAAGAUAGAAAAGAAUGUCGUGCAUUAAUUUAUAUAAAGCAUAUUAUACCUAUCUCAAUUGUAGGAGUUGAUUGUAGAAGGAUUAAUUAGUGAAGAUGACUACUAAAAUUAAAUGAAAUUUUUUAAUAUUUUAAAAAGCCUAACUUAAAUUAAAAAAUUACGACUUGAGCUUAAUACAAGUCACAUAGAUGAAGACUUGUCAAAUAAUCUAAGAAAUUUAAAAGAUUUAGAACAUCUUUAAAUAGAACUAAAAGGCAGUAUUGAAGAUUUUGAUGCUUUCGGAUUUAUUCAUUUUCUUGAAUCUGUAGAGAGUUUAUAAGAUAAAAUAAAAUACUUUAGUAUGAAAUCUAAUUUCGAUAUGAUUAAAAAAAAGAAUUAAUUUAUAAAUUAAGAUGUUUAAUAUAAAUUAGUGUAAACUUUAAAAGCUCUAAAUAAUUUAAAUAAGGUGUCGUUAGACCUUUAAAAAUUAGAUUUUGAAACAUAAAUUUAAAUAAUAGAUACAAUUUAAAGAGUUAAAUCUAUAGAACAUUUAUCUAUUUAUUUUUAUUAUACUCUUGUUAAAGAAUUAAAAGAAAGUUAAAAAAAAAUCGAAAAUGAAAAUGAAUAAAAAUAGCAGACAUUAAUUUAAAAAUUACUUAAGCUUUAACAAAUGAAAAGCCUUAGUUUUUACUAUUUUGAUUACACAGACAGUUAUGAAAUUAAAGAUGGAGCACACUUAAACAAAUCAAUGCAACUCUUUAAUGAAAGCUCAACAGAGCUAACUUAAUUAAAAAGAUUAACUGUUUUUGAAGCUUUCAUUCCAUUAAGUUAUAUUCCAAAUAUUUUAGAAUAUUUGAAAUAGCUUAAAUAAACUCUCAUAAUUACAAUCCCUAAGAGAAAUAACUGUUAAUAAUGA